ACUGAUUCUGGACUAGCAAGCACUACAUUAGUACAUAUGAUAUGAGCAGGGCUCUCGGUUUGAUUGGCGCUUGUAAACACAUAUUGGCCCUUUUCAAGGCCCUUCUGAUCGCUGUAGCGCAGUCUCUCUUGCAGGAAAGGUGGUGAUUGCUGCAGACAGCGGUCGACUCAGAUGAUGUAGCUCAAGGCUGGCGCCAUGCCGCCUGGUUCGCGGGAGAUUGCAGAAAGCUGCCUGGACCUGCUGAACAUCGAGCUCGUGCGAUCAUACUCGGAGCAGCUGAAAGGGCGGCCAGAGCUGGCAGGACGGCGGGUGGAGGCAAUAGGCUUCCAAGUAGGACAGCAAUUGGUUGAGAGGGCCACCAAGGAGCGGCCGCGCUUUGCGGACCACCUGGAGGUGAUCAAGUUCAUCUGCAAGGACCUGUGGAGCGACGUGUUCAAGAAACAGGUCGAUAACCUCAAGACCAACCACAGAGGCACGUUUGUCCUCCAGGACACGCGCUUCCGAUGGCUCACUCGCCUCUCCAGUGACGUACCCCCCCCGGGGACCCCCGUUUCUCCGUCCGACACCCCCGCCGCCCGCGCAUCUGCCGAAGCAGGCGCGUACCUGUACUUCCCGUGCGGCCUCAUCCGGGGAGCACUCACGAACCUGGGGAUUCCAUGCACCGUCUCCGCGGAAGUGAACCAGCUGCCGGCAUGCUCUUUCACGAUCAAGAUCAAGCCUUGAAGGCGUUGAUGUCCUUGAAAGGACGGCAUAGGCUUCAACCCAGUUGCACUUUGAGGGUCAUUUGGUAGCAGAUAGCUACCAAACUAGUCGUGAACCUUAUAACCACGAAGUGUUGUGUCAAGUUUUGAAUCAGGUUUUAUGUACAACAGUCCGCCUGCUUAACGACGCUGACCGCCAUCAUGCUUGCAUGUGUGCAUGACCCAUGUGCUAGCAAAAAACUGAAACGUACCUGAGUCCUGACUCACGUCCCUGAACUAAGGCCGCAUUGGCGGCGGGCGCGGCACUGCAUGAGCAGGCUCCAAUACAU